CGCCAGUACUUCCUUCUCUCCUUCUUCACCUCAGUAAAGCUAUGGCAACUCAGUUCUAGAAUUAUUGCAUAGCUCAAGUCUCUCUAUCUCUCCCUUCCUUUACAUGCACAUAUAUAAUAAUAAUAGUAAAGAAAUGGCGAGUAUUUCAGCUACUACACUUUCCAUUGCAACUUUACCAGAAGCUUCUAGAAGAAGCUUCCGAUUACCAGUUACUAGGCUUUCAUCGCGUCGAAUAAAGGCGGUGAAGAGAGAAGAGAAUGUGGUGUUAGAGGAGAAGGUAAUUAACGGUAGUGUGAAUGGGAGUGUGAUGAAGAAAAGCGAUGAUUUAAAUAAUGGUGGAUUGUUGUAUAGUAAUGGAAGUAGUGUAGGUGUGAUUGAGAGUGAAAAUGAGAGUUUGUUAGUGAAUUAUGUGAAUGGUAAUGGUAGUGUAGCUGCGGGGAAGAGUGUGGUGGAGGUGAAGGGGGAAGAGGUGGUGGAGAAGAAGAGGAAUAAUACUAAUAAGAAGAGUGUAGAGGAGAUCGGACAAGAGGAUGCUUGGUUUAAAACGAAUAAGCAAGUUCAGGUUUCUGUCAAGCCUGGAGGCCGUUGGAACAGAUUCAGAACAUAUUCAACAAUUCAAAGGACUUUGGAGAUAUGGGGAUCUGUUUUCACUUUUUUAUUUAAGGCUUGGUUGAAUAAUCAGAAGUUCUCCUAUCGAGGCGGGAUGACAGAAGCUAAAAAAGUUGAGCGGAGAAAGGUCCUCGCUAGGUGGUUAAAAGAAACUAUUUUGAGAUUGGGUCCUACUUUUAUCAAGAUUGGCCAGCAAUUCUCAACAAGAGUGGACAUUCUUGCUCAGGAGUACGUUGAUCAGUUGUCUGAGCUUCAGGACCAAGUUCCUCCUUUCCCAUCGGAAACUGCUGUAUCAAUAGUUGAAGAAGAACUUGGAGGCCCAUUGGAUGAUAUAUUUGAAAGAUUUGACAGUGAACCAAUAGCUGCUGCAAGUCUUGGUCAGGUGCAUCGUGCAAGAUUGAAUGGGCAGGAAGUUGUUGUCAAAGUACAAAGGCCCGGUCUUAAGGAUCUUUUUGAUAUUGAUCUUAAAAACCUGAGGGUGAUAGCUGAAUAUCUGCAGAAAAUAGAUCCUAAAUCUGAUGGUGCAAAAAGAGAUUGGGUUGCAAUCUAUGAUGAAUGUGCAAGUGUCUUGUAUCAGGAGAUUGAUUAUACUAAGGAAGCUGCCAAUGCGGAAUUGUUUGCAAGUAACUUCAAAAACAUGGAUUAUGUGAAAGUCCCGUCAAUAUACUGGGAAUAUACCACACCACAGGUUUUGACAAUGGAGUAUGUCCCAGGCAUUAAAAUAAACAGGAUAGAAGCCUUAGAUCAGUUGGGCGUUGAUAGGAAAAGGUUAGGGAGGUAUGCUGUUGAAUCCUAUCUGGAGCAGAUUCUGUCUCAUGGUUUCUUCCAUGCUGAUCCACAUCCUGGAAAUAUAGCUGUGGAUGAUGUUAACGGUGGAAGGUUGAUCUUUUAUGAUUUUGGAAUGAUGGGAAGCAUAAGUCCUAAUAUCAGAGAAGGCUUGCUGGAAACAUUCUAUGGAGUUUAUGAGAAAGAUCCAGAUAAGGUCCUGCAAGCAAGUAUUCAAAUGGGUAUUCUGGUGCCUACUGGCGACAUGACUGCUGUCAGACGAACUGCACAGUUUUUCCUUAAUAGCUUUGAAGAGCGCCUUGCAGCACAAAGAAAGGAGAGAGAAACGGCACAAGCAGAACUUGGGUUCAAAAAGCCAUUGACAAAGGAGGAACAAAAAGAGAAAAAGAAGCAACGUUUGGCUGCAAUUGGUGAAGAUCUACUAGCCAUUGCAGCAGAUCAGCCAUUCCGAUUUCCUGCCACAUUCACUUUUGUAGUUAGAGCAUUUUCAGUUUUGGAUGGCAUUGGAAAGGGUCUUGAUCCACGAUUUGAUAUCACUGAAAUUGCCAAACCCUAUGCUCUAGAGCUGCUUAGGUUUCGUGAAGCUGGUAUUGAAGUUGUGGUAAAGGACUUCAAGAAGAGAUGGGACAGACAGUCUCAAGCAUUUUACAACUUGUUCAGGCAGGCUGAUAGAGUUGAGAAACUUGCUGCAAUUAUCCAGCGAUUGGAGCAAGGUGAUCUUAAGCUACGGGUUAGAGCUUUAGAAUCUGAAAGGGCUUUCCAACGUGUUUCAGCUGUUCAGAAGACAAUUGGAAGUGCAGUUGCAGCUGGAAGCUUGGUUAACCUAGCUACAAUUUUGUAUCUCAACUCCAUCCGUAUGCCCUCAAUUAUAGCAUACGCUGUCUGUGCAUUCUUUGGCUUCCAAGUCCUCUUUGGCCUUCUGAAGGUUAAAAAAUUAGAUGAACGAGAAAGAUUGAUUACUGGAACAGCUUGAACAAAUGGUUACCCUGGGAGAUCACAUAUGGGAACUGCUAUUCAAUUCCAAGUUGUAGCCCUGGAAAAACAGAAAUAAUGUGGAGAAGACUUAACGGAUCGUUGAGUAUUCAUAGCAUGCCCAUGGCCAAGAGCUGCUAGUUUUAUCCUUCAGCUUUAAGAUGCAUCAUGUGGUAAGGCUUCCAAUAUGGAGGUUCAUUUCUAAUUAUGUUGGCCUAACGGAUUGUUGUAUUUGCCCAUAUCCACUAUAGAGCACUCCUGUGAAGUAGACCAAGUAAGAAAUCUUUCAUGUCAAGUAUGACACCCAUUUUGACCUUCUAUAGCCUUAGUGUAUAGGUAUACAACAUCUAGGAGAUAAAUGUAACUAAUGUUAGCCUCAUCUACCUUCAACCUUAUUUGUGGAGUUCGAUUCCCUUGAAUUUGUGUAUAAUACAAUGUGAACAUAUAUUUUUAUUGUAAAAACAGUGUAAUUUAAGUAUCCUAGGGAUCAAAUAUGUCAUUGAGCUAACCCUACUUAGUAUUAGUCCUUUGUAUGUGUAUUAGUAUGUAAUUUGUACUAUUCAGUAUCAAUCGAAAGAACAUGAAUUUUUUUAAA